AUGAUUACUCCCACAUUUUCGGUCGACCAAGAUGAUAAUUUUAUAAAGAUUAGUAUCCAUGUACCAUAUGUUAAGUCACAAGAUGUGGAAUUUUACAUAGAAAAUAAUGAAUUCAAGUUUUGUCUCCAUCCGUAUUAUUUAAGAUUAAGAUUCCCGGGAAAUAUUGUUGAAGAUGAUCGUGCGGAGGCAUCGUAUGAUAUAUCGAAAGGUGAUAUAAAUGUAAAAUUGGGAAAAGAAAAUCCUGGGGAAUAUUUUCCGGAUUUGGAUCUUUUGACUAAACUUUUGGCUAGGAGAGAAAAUACUCGUGAUCAAGAAAAGCGGCAGUUUUCAAAAACAUUAAUCGAAGUUGUAGAGAAUAAAAGAGAACAUGACGAUAAUGAUGUGGAAAGUCAAAUGAAACAAAGACUUUCAGAGUUUGAUGAAGGCAAGCAAGUAUCAUUUAAAAAGUUGAUCGAUAAUAAUGUUAACUUUUAUUCUGCUUUUUUAUAUUUAUUGAUAGCUUUAGAUUUUGACUGGGAGAUUGAACAAGAAAUUCCAAAACAACCGGAAUUACUAAUCACAGCACGAUAUGGUUUCAAUGGACAAUAUAAUCGAUACUUUACUCACGUCCAAGAGACUUGUAAUGAGAUUAAUGAGAUUAAGGACCCGGAGAGUUCAACAUUUGAAUCCAGACAUAGAGAUCGAAUUGAGGCCGAGGAUCUUAAAUUUGAUGAGGAGUAUUAUAUGGGUGAUUAUACUUUCGAUGAGGAGAUCAAACGCGUCAUGAAUUAUAAAACUGUAUGGUGGAAACUUUUACGUAGAAUACAAACUACCAAAGAAGAGUCAAAUUCUUCAAUUAUUGACUCUUCAAACGGGGACUUUUCAAAAUCAAAUCCCUCAAAUAGCAAGAUAGAGAAUGACGUCACAUCCAAACAAAAUCAGCAAAGCAAUUGUGCAACUUUUUCAUUAAAGAACUUUUUACCAUUUACAAAACGUGAGCAAGAGAUAAUGCUGAACUUGCCGAAUAAAGAAUAUCUCCUUGAUGAUGAAAAAUCAAUUUACCUUGGAUUAAUAGACUUACUUUUUGCUUAUAGUUACAAUCAUCGCGUGACCGAAAGUGAGAAUACCGUGGAGUCUGUAUGGACUGUGGGAAAACUAAGCUCGACGAUAUCAUGCCUCGAGCAUUUUACGACCCUGAAAAGUGUAAUAACCGCGUCAUAUCGUCGCGCAUUGUCGUAUCCACUUUACCGAAACUACGAACUUUGCGAAAAAAUUCUCCAAGAUGUAUAUGUGAUUUUAAAACUAGGUAGACGUGCAAUCCUUAAAUGUCUAAUGGAAUUAAAAGAGUUAUUCGAUCAUCAUGACGUUUAUUACGUGUAUUCGAAAAUAUGGAUUGAUGAUUAUUGUGUUUGGUGUAUGAAAGCAAGUGAUUCAAUUAUUCGAUCUCUUGCUCAUCAAAUACAUCAUUUCAAACUACCUAAAUCGGAAAUUGGAUGGAAUCUAGAAGAAUUGGCACAAUUAGUGAAGGAGAUUGAAGAUGAGGAUGUUAUCUAA